AUCUCCCAAGAGUCGACAGUGUCCAGCCGACUUCUCCUACAGCGAGAUGGGCCGUCAUCACAUAGUGGUGUGGUUGGGUGUCGCGGUUUGUGUGGCGCUCGUCACCGGCAAAGCAGUAGAUUUGUCGCAACAGCAGCUGCCUUUACAACAACAAGCACUUCAACAACAGGCGACGAAUGUUCAGCCUCAAAUUGAAAAAAGAGUGGGGUUCGAGGAACACGAUGAUCACCAUCAUCACCACCACGAGCACAAAGGUUAUUGGAAGAAGAAGCUAAUCUGGAAACCGGAUUGGGUCAAGGAGUGGAAAGUCGCCUACAAGCAGGUCUCAAAACCAGCUUGGAAAAAGAUCUGGAAGCCCAUCUGGGUGCCAACCCAGAAACCGGCGUGGAAAGAAAUCCAGGUUCCCGAUUGGAAAAAAAUCUGGAAGCCAGUCUGGGUCCCGACUAAGGUUGCAGUGUGGAAAGAAUACUCCGUCCCCGCCUGGAAAAAGAUCUGGAAGCCUAUCUGGGUGCCUAUCAAAGUCCCGGCUUGGAAAGAAGUCCAAGUCCCCGACUGGAAGAAAGUCUGGAAGCCCGUCUGGGUCGAAAUCAAAGUGCCCGCCUGGAAAGAAUACCAAGUCCCGGAUUGGAAGAAACUCUGGAAGCCCGAGUUGAUCAAAAUCGGAAUCCCCGGAGAGAAACAUCUCGGCAAGGACGAACACGGAUGGGAAUACACCUCGCACGAUCUCUGGAAAAAGAAGGUCGUCUGGAAGCCUUACUGGAAAAAGGUCUGGAGGACGGAAAAGAAACAGAUUUGGGUGCCAUCUAAAAAACUCGAAUGGAAAGAAGAUUGGAAACAAAUCUGGAGAACGGAGAAGAAACAAUACUGGGUCGAAUCCAAGAAACUCGAAUGGAAAGAAGACUGGAAACAAGUCUGGAAGCCGGCUAAGAAAUUAGUUUGGGUACCCGACAAGAAACUCGCCUGGAAGGAGGAUUGGAAGCAAAUCUGGAGGACUGAGAAGAAACAAUACUGGGUUCCGUCCAAAAAGCUCGAAUGGAAACCAGAUUGGAAGCAAAUCUGGGUUCCGGACUGGAAGAAGAUUUGGGUCCCUGCCUGGAAGAAAGUCUGGAAGCCCGUGUGGAUAUCCGAGUGGAUAAUCAUCCAAGAAGAACACCAUCCCCACGAGGACCAUCACGACCAUCACCAUGUCGAACACCACGUGGAGCACCACGAGGAGCACCACGGCUGGGACAGGAAGGAUACAGCCGUUGCUGCAGACACCAGCAAGAUCGGCGUUGGAGUGGCUCAGGUGGCGCCAGUCAACAACGUCUCCUUCCCGAAAUAAGACUGAUCCUUUAAAAAAAUGUUGCCAAAUCCCAGUUUCCCUUCUCCUUACACCGUCGAUGUGAACAAAAUGACUUACCCCUUAAGUACAAAACGACGAACUGUGCCUUUUCUAGCUUUAGAUUUGCUCACCAAGCGAGUUUUACGUUUGGCUUUUGUAUAUAAAAUCGUUAUUACUGUAUAUGUGAUGUUGACGUUAUUUGUUUGUUUUGUUAUGUUUUGUUAUUU